UCGCUGCCCGCCGACGGGCACACUAAACUAAACGAAAAUAAUUUGUUAAAAAAAAUCAACAAAUUGUAUUGUUAAAUGGCCGUGCGAACACGAACACGCCAAGAUCCGCCGCAGCGCUCGAUUCCAAAGCAGAUCCUCGUGGCAGUCGGGAGUUAAUAACACCGCAGAUCGUCCAGAUCGAGGGAUAUACACCAUCCAUAUCCGAAAUACCAUCCUACGAGAGAUCGGAGCACACAGAGGAGGAGAUCCCGGGAAGAUCCAGGGUUACGUGAUUCCGGGUGCUAAGGAUUCUGGCUGGGAUUGCAACUGGCAUUGGCCCAUUGCUAUUGUCGGAGCGGAUCAACAUCGAUGCCACGAUGAAUGUGCGAAAGCGGCCACGUCUGGAAAUGGAACUCGGUUCCACCACCACAUCCACCUCCGUAGCCAGCAACAAUCCCAAUCCUUCUCCUGGCAACAGCCUCAUGACCAACAUCAUCAGCAGCCAUCACACGGCCGAUUUAUCGGAGGCCCUGCUCAGCAGUUCCUUUGCCAACGGCCAUCAGAGCCUAAUCCUCACCAGCGCCACGGGAAAUGCCCUCAUGAGCAGCCAGGGUGCCCAGAUUUUCCUCACCAUCUGUGGGGACGAGAACUCGGAUGACUCGCAGGAGUACUAUGCCAUAAAACAGGAGCCCGGCUCCGAUCUGGAUGUCCAUUCGCUGCUGCCCACCAAUUUGCAGCUGCCCACCGGCUGUGAGAUUUAUCUGGUCAAGGACACGGCCAGUUUGGUUGGUGAGCCACCGACCAAGGCGGCCAUCAAAUUGGAGCUGGAUACGCUGAGCGAGAAGCCGAGCCGUCCGCCAGUUGCACCCUCCUUGAAACCUCUGGUAGUAACAACCCAAUCUGUGAAUCCUGCUGUUGCUCCUUCAGGAAACACCACCGCCACCAGUGUCCUCUAUGGCUCCCACGCCCAGGCCCGUUCCCAGCCGGAAACGGCUGGCCAAACGCCCACCAGCAAACUGGAGGCCUACAAGAAACGCGAUGAUAAACGACGUGCCACGCACAACGAAGUGGAACGCCGCCGCCGGGACAAGAUCAACAGCUGGAUCUUCAAGCUCAAGGAGAUGCUGCCCAGCCUGAGUCCCAGUUCCAGUUUCAGCGAGGCCAGCACGAGUCCCAGUACCAGUGGCAGCACGAGUACCAGCACCAGCACGGCCAGCAGCAGCAAUCCCAAGGGGAAUCCCAGCAGUUCCAGCGGACGCACGCCGCCCAACGACUCCAAGUCACAGAUUCUGAUCAAGGCGUGCGAGUACAUCAAGACCAUGCAGGGCGAAAUUGACACGCUGCGUGACUGUCUGCGGGAGGCGGAUGGCCUGAGGGCGAGCAACCAGGCGCUGCGCGAGGAACUGGACCGCCUGAAGAGGCAGCAGCAGCUCCAGGAGCGCUUCCACACGGCCGGCGGCAGGUCGACCUUCAACGUGACCCUAAACUCGCUGAACAGCUCGGUGACCAGCGAUCUCUUCGAGGGAAUCGAUACGACGCCCAACCUGUCCGCCGUCUCAUCGCUGGGAUUCAGCAAGCGUGGCCUGCUCAUCAGCGAUUACGAUGAGUAAGGAGGCAGAAACAAAAACAGAAUAGAAACGAAAAUAUGGGUGGACCGAUAUGGUUACGGGUUACGGGAAAAAAACAAAAAAACGGAGGCGGAUGGACAAGCGCUGGCGCCUCCAUAAAAAUAUACGCCCAUCCACCAAAGAAUGACGUGCAUCGUACACGCAACGCAACACACGCAGUACAAUAAACGGACAUGACGAGUGAUUUCUUGUUAUCGCCGCUCUGUUAUAUGUUAUAUAAGAAAAGCUGAGAAGCAUAUUACAUACAUGUAUGUAUAUGCAGUCGAACUUGGGUGACUCAAGCCAAGUUGUUGGCCUAACCGCUCUGAAAAAAGCUGUUCUCAAUUGAGUUUAAUUAACAAGCUACACCACAACAGCUGCUUUUGUAUGCUAUAUAUUUGGUAUUGGUAUUACUCCUGCCUGCUCCCUCCCUCCACACUGACGAGCCCCGAAAAAUCAUGAAAGUGACGACCUAACGAAUUUGUAAAUGGGAAUAUGAUUUGAACUCUUCCCAUAUCUCUUUCACUUUCGGAUUUUUCACCAUUACUUUUAGGUUCUGGGAUAUUAGAUCACAAAAAAUAUUGUCGAUAAGAAGCUUUAAAGCAUUUUAUGUUUUUCUAUGUAUUUUUUUCUUUAUUACAACAAAUAAAUAUAUGUUUUUUUCGAUUUGCACAGCGAAUCUAUACCUAAGCCAUGUUCUAAACUACUUUGUUGUGUUCAUUUAAGGAAGCAUUUUGGUUAUGACUUUCACUUUCAGCAGGGAUUCGAUUUAAAAUAAUAUAUUUUUCUCAACCUGUCAAGUAAAUAAACCCUAAAUAAGCAAAAUAUCAUAAACAAAUUGAAUGGAAUUCCCAGCUGAAAGUGAGUGUGAGAACUGAAAUAAUAAACAUAUUCAGUUAGCUUACGAUUUGUUAUACGAGAACGUAGUCUUAAGUCUGGAGCUUGAGUAACAGAAGUUCGAUUGUAAAGUUGUCAGGUCUUUUUUUUAUGGAAUGCACUCAGAUCCUCAUGCAGUUUGCCAUCAUAAUAUACCUAUAUAUUAACUAGAAAUACAAAGCUAAACCUAAAAGCGUUAACGAUACCUACCUAUUGCAUAUAUACCUUGAACUAAAUCAUAUAUGGAGCAUGUUUGUGCUUGACUUUUCGAUUUUAUUGUACUGUUUCUCGCACUAAUUACCUACAAAAUAAUGUAACGAAAUUAAAUUAUAUCUAGUUAUACCGAAUAUAUAUUAUAUAUAUAUAGACAAGUGUACAUACGUAGUGCAAUCGAUAAAACAGUGGGGUGUGCACCGUUACAGAUAAACGCUAUUGUUGAUAAAGAAUAAUAUUAUAUUUGAGCAUAAA